CUCGACUUCUUCAUCUUCUCUUGUCUCUCUUGUCUCUUGUUAAAACAAACACCAGCGCGUGCCAAAAUCCUCGUCACGCCCAGUUUUCACCAUUCAUUCCGUCCAUCACGCUAGAGUCGACGUAACUCAUUUCCACAAACUCGAGUGGCACACGGCCGCCACUCACACGUUACAAAACUGCAACAGCACGCAACAAACACUGCCCCACCGUCGUUCCCACUCGCCACCACUUCCACCACCAUGACCUUCUUCCCCAUCGUCUGGCAGAUCGCCUCGUCGCUCUGCGGCAUCAUCUACUUCACGGCGUGGAGCGUGUCAUUUUACCCCCAGCUCCUGCUCAACUACAGGCGAAAAUCGACCAAGGGCCUCUCACCCGACUUUGUCUACCUCAACCCAAUAGGCUUCUUCGGCCUGCUCAUCUGGUGCGCGGGCGCGCUCUUCUCGAAAUCAGCACGCGAGGAGUAUGCACGCAGACACGACGGCCACUACCCCCAAGUGUCGUUUUCCGACCUCGCGUUCGCGGCCCACGCGUUCACCUUCUCGACCUUGACGCUGCUCCAACACUGGUACUACGUGUGGCUGAGGAAGAGGCACGAGGCGGACCCGUACGCGCUCGUCGACGCUGAGCGCCGCCCUCUCCUCACGCAGGACGAGAAGACGGCCUCGGCACCCACCACCCCGAGCCGCUUCGUCCGCGUCCUCAUCGCCCUCAUCGGCAUCUCGGCAGCAUACCAGGCCAUCGCACUCUACCGUGGCAAGGUCAUGUUCCUCGACGUCCUCUACUACACGUCGUUCGUCAAGCUCGUCAUCACCAUCACAAAGUACAUCCCCCAGCUGUACCUCAACUACAAGCUGCAGACGGUGCAGGGCUUUGCCAUCACGACCAUUUUCCUGGACCUCACAGGCGGCAUCUUCUCGCUCCUGCAGCUCGUCAUCUCGGCUGUGUUCAUCGACCGCCAGCCUGCCGGCAUCAUUGCCAAUCCCGGCAAGCUCGGGAUGUCGGGCAUCACUUUCUUGUUCGACUUCCUGUUCAUUUACCAGCACUACGUCGAGUACCCCGAACCCACAAAGGAGGAGGAGCAGCCAGAACAACAACAAUAGACGACAGCAAGACUGUUAUAGCAAUAGAUGUCUGAUACCAUUAGCACCUUGUAGCAUCAUUCAUUGUAUGAAGCACCCUUAACGAUUC